AUGGCAACUGCGUUUGCGCCUCUGGCAGGUGAAGCGGCGAUUUUGCCAACGAUCCAUCUGAACAUCAACUACAAGAGCAUCAAGGAGGGAAUCAAGGACUUCCUGCUUCACUACAAAACGUCCACCAAUGCGCCGCAGGAAGAUAACAUCUACGACCACACAGUUGACGAUAUUGUCUUGGACCGGGAGGAGCUGGGGAAAGGUCCGAAGUAUAUGGCCUUGCUUCAAAAAGUUGCCAAUCGUGAGAUCUCAACAGUGUAUAUCGAUCUGGACGAUAUCGUGACCUACCAGGAAACCGAGGGUUUUACUCAAUCUGAUUUCGCCAAUGUGGGUGGUUUGGUCACGAGAAUUACCCAGAAUACGUUUCAUUUUGUGGACCUGUUUUCGGAGGUGAUUGACGAGAUCUUGCCUGAACCCACCGUUGAUAUAUCUUACAGAGACGAUGUUUUGGAUGUCAUCUUGCACCAGAGGAGACUCAGAAAUCUGCGUAUUGAAAGCGAGAACAGAGAGGAAAUGGUCAACGCUGGUUUUGAUGAGUCUAGCCAGGACCCCAAUGCCCAAGGUGGUGCAGAGCUAUUCCCUGCCAAGUUGACCAGAAGAUACUGUCUCUACUUCAGACCUCCAACCGAUAUCUACAAGGGAAAAGGAAAAGCACUGGCUGUCAGAGAGGUCAAGGGCUCCUACGUCGGUCAACUUAUCACUGUUCGUGGAAUUGUCACUAGAAUAUCGGAUGUCAAGCCUAAUGUGGUGGUGAACGCCUACACCUGUGACACCUGUGGAUACGAAAUUUUCCAAGAGGUCACCUCGAAAACAUUCACUCCCCUCCAGGAGUGUGUUUCAGAGCGUUGUAAGACCAACGCUAAGAAAGGUAAGCUUUUCAUGUCCACGAGAGCUUCCAAGUUUUCUGCUUUCCAAGAGGUGAAGAUCCAGGAACUGUCCAACCAAGUUCCUGUAGGCCACAUCCCCAGAACUCUCACUAUACACGUCAAUGGCGAUCUGGUAAGAUCUAUGAACCCUGGUGAUGUGGUUGAUGUUGCGGGAAUAUUUUUGCCUGCUCCAUACACCGGAUUCAGAGCUUUGAGAGCAGGUCUUCUCACUGAAACAUAUCUGGAGGCACAGUAUGUCAAGCAACAUAAGCGCAAAUACGAGACUUUGGGACUCACAAGCGAAGUUGAAGCCCGUAUUGAAGAACUGAGAGCUGAAGGUGAUGUCUACGAGAGACUGGCAUCGUCAAUUGCACCUGAAAUUUUCGGGCAACUCGAUAUCAAAAAGGCACUUCUGCUGAUGCUCGUAGGAGGAGUUACCAAGGAGAUUGGUGAUGGUAUGCGUAUCAGAGGUGACAUCAACAUUCUACUUAUGGGAGACCCUGGUGUUGCCAAGUCGCAGCUCUUGAAGGGUAUUACGAAAAUUGCUCCUCGUGCUGUAUACACCACAGGUAAGGGUUCUUCCGGAGUAGGUCUCACUGCUGCUGUCAUGAGAGACCCUAUCACUGACGAAAUGGUGUUGGAAGGAGGAGCGCUUGUUUUGGCCGAUAAUGGUAUCUGCUGUAUCGAUGAGUUCGACAAAAUGGACGAUGCAGACAGAACUGCCAUCCACGAAGUGAUGGAACAACAGACCAUCUCCAUCUCCAAGGCUGGUAUCACCACCACCUUGAAUGCAAGAACCAGUAUUGUUGCAGCAGCCAAUCCUCUUUUUGGCAGAUACAAUCCAAGACUUUCCCCCAACGAAAAUAUCAACCUUCCAGCUGCAUUGCUUUCCAGAUUUGACGUUCUAUUCCUCAUCCUCGAUAAGCCAACUAGGGAAGAAGAUGAAAGGCUUGCCGAGCAUGUGACAUUUGUGCACAUGCACAAUAAACAUCCUGUUAUGGCUCACGAGCCUUUGGACUUCUCCACUUUGAGACAGUACAUCUCUAUGGCCAGACGGUUCAGGCCAGUUGUGACCUCUGCAGUUUCAGAUUACGUCGUGCAGAACUACAUCAAGUUGAGGAAGGAGUCCAAGAUCCAAGAGCAUUCCAACAAACAUUUUGCGCACACGACUCCUCGUACUCUGCUUGCUGUUUUGCGUCUUUCCCAGGCGCUUGCUAGGAUUAGAUUCUCUAACUUGGUUGAGCUGACUGAUGUCGACGAAGCACUGAGACUGAUGGACGUGGCCAAGAUGUCGCUCUCACAAACGAGAUCUGGUGAUGACGAGGACAGAUCGCCCCAGGCGAAGAUCUUCAACAUGAUCAAGGACGUGAUUGACCGUGAAACUUCUGGUAACAAGCAGAGGAUUAUCUCCAUGGAGCUGCUGAGAGACGCUGCUCUUGGAAAGGGCUUCACGGAGGCCAUGUUCCAGGACUGUAUCUACAGAUACCAGGUACUUAAUGUGUGGCAGGUGGUUGAUGACGGCGAGAAUUUGGUGAUUUUGAGCCAGGAUUCUGACGAUCUGUUCAUCGAUGACGAUGAGGAGAUGGCUACGAUAUAG